AUGGGCAAAGAAUUUGUUAUUAAAGACUUGGGUCCUCUUCACUUUUUCAAUGGUAUUCAGGCCACCAGAAACUCUGCAGGUUUUUUAUUAUCUCAGGAGCAAUAUAUUGAUAAUUUUAUUAUUAAGACCAAGAUGAAUGUUGUUAAACUAACAUCCACUCCAAUCUUAUCAUCUUCUUCUGAUGUUGAUUCCACACCUUUUUGGGAUCCUGUUUUAUAUAGAAACACAGUUGGUGCUCAUCAAUAUGCUACAUUUAAGAGGGAUUCAGUUUUGCAAUUGCAAGCUUAUUCAAAUGCUGAUUGGGCAAGUGACAUGUCUGAUAGGAUAUCCACAAGUGGUAUGGCUAUUUUUCUUGUUCCCAACUUAAUUUCUUAG